AUGAGGAGGCGGAGGUCGGCGCUCGGGUCCGUCUCUGCCCGCGGCUGUGGCGGCGCCGGCGGCUCCAGCCUUAGCGGUUCCUCCCUGGGCGUCGGCGGCGGCGGCUCGGUCGACGCCUCCUCCGCCAGCUGAGCCCGUGGGAGCUCGGGCCGCCGCUUCCCCGCCCAUCCCCGCUCCCCGAGGCCGGCCGCCUGGCCAUGGCGCAGCCGGGCCCGGCUCCUCAGCCUGACGUUUCUCUUCAGCAACGGGUAGCAGAAUUGGAAAAAAUUAAUGCAGAAUUUUUACGUGCACAGCAGCAGCUUGAGCAAGAAUUUAAUCAAAAGAGAGCAAAAUUUAAAGAGUUAUAUUUGGCUAAAGAGGAGGAUCUGAAGAGGCAAAAUGCAGUGUUACAAGCUGCACAAGAUGAUUUGGGACACCUUCGGACACAGCUGUGGGAAGCCCAAGCAGAGAUGGAAAAUAUUAAGGCCAUUGCCACAGUCUCUGAGAAUACCAAGCAAGAAGCUAUAGACGAAGUGAAAAGACAGUGGAGAGAAGAAGUCGCUUCACUUCAGGCUGUCAUGAAGGAAACAGUUCGUGACUAUGAGCACCAGUUCCACCAUAGGCUGGAGCAGGAACGAACACAGUGGGCACAGUAUCGAGAAUCUGCAGAGAGGGAAAUAGCUGAUUUAAGGAGAAGGCUGUCUGAAGGUCAAGAGGAGGAAAAUUUAGAAAAUGAAAUGAAAAAGGCCCAAGAGGAUGCUGAAAAACUUCGGUCUGUUGUGAUGCCCAUGGAGAAGGAAAUUGCAGCUUUGAAAGAUAAACUGACAGAGGCUGAAGACAAGAUUAAAGAGCUGGAGGCCUCAAAGGUUAAAGAAUUGAAUCAUUAUCUGGAAGCUGAGAAAUCUUGUAGGACUGACCUAGAGAUGUACGUGGCUGUUUUGAAUACUCAGAAAUCCGUUUUACAAGAAGAUGCUGAGAAACUGCGCAAAGAAUUGCAUGAAGUUUGCCAUCUCUUGGAGCAAGAGCGACAACAACACAACCAGUUAAAACACACAUGGCAGAAGGCCAAUGACCAGUUUCUGGAGUCUCAGCGUUUGCUGAUGAGGGACAUGCAGCGAAUGGAGAUUGUGCUAACUUCAGAACAGCUCCGACAAGUUGAAGAACUGAAGAGGAAAGAUCAGGAGGAAGAUGAACAACAAAGACUUAAUAAGAGAAAGGAUCACAAAAAAACAGAUGUUGAAGAAGAAGUAAAAAUACCUGUAGUGUGUGCUUUAACUCAUGAAGAAUCUUCAGCCCAGUUAUCAAAUGAAGAGGAGCAUUUAGAUAGCACCCAUGGAUCAGUCCAUUCCUUAGAUGGAGACUUACUGUUGCCAUCUGGAGAUCCAUUCAGUAAAUCAGACAAUGACGUGUUUAAAGAUGGACUCAGGAGAGCGCAGUCUACAGACAGCUUGGGAACCUCAGGCUCACUGCAAUCCAAAGCUUUAGGCUAUAACUACAAAGCAAAAUCUGCUGGGAAUCUGGACGAAUCGGAUUUUGGACCAUUGGUAGGAGCAGACUCAGUGUCUGAGAACUUUGAUACUGCCUCCCUUGGGUCACUGCAAAUGCCAAGUGGAUUUAUGUUAACCAAAGAUCAGGAGAGAGCAAUCAAGGCAAUGACACCAGAACAAGAAGAGACGGCGUCCCUCCUCUCCAGUGUCACCCAGGGUAUGGAAAGUGCUUACGUAUCCCCCAGUGGUUACCGCUUAGUCAGUGAGACAGAAUGGAAUCUCCUGCAGAAGGAGGUACAUAAUGCUGGAAAUAAGCUUGGUAGACGUUGUGAUAUGUGUUCCAAUUAUGAAAAACAGUUACAAGGAAUUCAGAUUCAGGAGGCUGAAACAAGAGACCAGGUGAAAAAACUGCAGGUGAUGCUAAGGCAAGCAAACGACCAGUUAGAGAAGACGGUGAAAGACAAACAGGGGCUGGAACACUUCAUCAAGCAGAGCGCUGGAGACUCAAGUCACCAGAUCUCAGCACUUGCCCUAAGAGCCCAAGCCUCUGAGAUCUUACUUGAAGAGUUACAACAGGCGUUUUCCCAGGCAAAGAGGGAUAUUCAGGAACAGAUGGCGGUGCUGAUGCAGUCACGGGAACAGGUUUCAGAGGAGCUGGUGAGGUUACAGAAAGAUAAUGACAGUCUUCAGGGAAAGCAUAGCUUGCAUGUGUCAAUACAGCAAGCAGAAGACUUCAUUCUCCCGGACUCUGUAGAGGCGCUCCGGGAGUUGGUGUUAAAAUACCGUGAGAACAUCGUUAAUGUGCAGACAGCAGCAGACCACGUGGAAGAAAAGCUGAAGGCUGAAAUACUUUUCCUGAAGGAGCAGAUUCAAGCCGAACAGUGUUUGAAAGAAAACCUUGAAGAAACCCUGCAGCUAGAAAUAGAAAACUGCAAGGAAGAAAUAGCUUCCAUUUCUAGCCUAAAAGCUGAAUUAGAAAGAAUAAAAAUAGAAAAAGGACAGUUGGAGUCCACACUGAGAGAGAAGUCUCAGCAGCUUGAGAGCCUUCAGGAAAUGAAAGUCACUUUGGAAGACGAGUUAAAGAAAGAGAGUGCUGCUAAGGUUACCAUUGAACAGCUAAUGUUUGAAGAGAAGAACAAAGCUCAGAGGUUGCAGACAGAACUAGACGUCAGUGAACAAGUGCAGAGAGAUUUUGUAAAGCUUUCUCAGACCCUACAGGUGCAGUUAGAGCGGAUCCGGCAAGCAGACUCCUUGGAGCGAAUCCGCGCAAUUCUGAACGAUACCAAACUGACAGACAUUAACCAGCUCCCUGAGACAUGACACCCUCGUAGCAGGACUCUGGCCUGCACUUCGGGUUUUUAACUCAUCUUUAGAGCAACAUUAAUUAUUAUUUAACUCUUAACUGAAGAAGUCACAAAAAAAAGAAGACUGGAGAAAUGCUUACUUCUAGUGGGAGAAGACUGCAGCACAGGAACAGCAAACAGCUGGGGUCAUUUGCAGCACAAAGACCUUGCAACUGGGAACACUAACCGACUCCAUACUGAUUCCAUCGGGUGUGGGAUCAGAUUUGGGGAUGGAGAAAGUGCUGUUUCCUUGCCUGCUUUAUCCAGCAUUUCCCUACCCUAAAACACCAUCCCAAUAGUGUUUGGAAUUACAUUUUCUGUUCAUAGAUACUGGAAGAGAGAGUUUUCUUUUCCUCUUGUCUAGAGUUCAUCAGUAACAGUAUUCAGCUAGCAGACAGUUAUAGUAUGCUGUAUGAAUAUUUUAUAUUAAAAUAUGAAGUUUGAGAGCAGGCCAUUGGCUAGUGACUGUAUUUCCUAGCUCAGUGCUCUUUUUUUUACAUUUUAUCUUGUGUUGGAGGACCUUAAAUGCUACUGAAACUUGCCUGGGACUGAGACGGUGGCAAACAAAACCAGUUCAGGAACUAAAUUAAUUGUGAGAAUUUGGAAACUGGCUGGGGCUGUAUGUGGUAGAAACUGAGGUUAAAGGAAAAGCACAAGAAACUGUUUGGAAGCACUUUUUCUGCUACCUGGAUGAGUUUCAUGGGCCCACAGGUACCAGGAUAAAGCUGAACUGGCACCAUCUACCCUUUUGACAACUGUUUUAGUUUAGUUAUUGGAUCAGUGGAAAAAAUAAUAUUAAUGAAACAAGCUAUGUCUGGCAACAUCUAGUAUAAAUUUAUACAUCUGCUACUUACUUUCAACUCAAAUCAGUGGGCCUGAGUACUGUUUGUUUCAAGUGUCAAACAUAAAAAUGGUGAUAACUAGGUUUGACAGAUACCUAUUUUGUAGUUUUCUUUUCUAAUUUAGACCUGGAGUGUGAUAAUGCUUAUGGUGAAGUUGGGGAAAAUCCAGUUAGUAUGUUCGUCAGUUUGGGAAUCUGCUUUGUCGUUUCUGUGAGGUUAGAUUCCUUUCCUACGUGGAGAAAGCUUCCGUGAACAAGUUGUCUUUGCCGUAGCUUUAGGAAGCGCUGCAGAAAGCACAAAGGAUGGAUUCGUGGUCGCCCUUUACCUACCGCAGCGUUGUUAGCCAGUGGAAGGCUACUCUGUUCAUCACACAGACGGUGCCAAAGUCAAACUGUUUUCAAAUAAUUGUUGUGAUUGGUGUUGCAGAACGGCAGGGUACUUAAAGGAACCUUGUGGUAAUCAAGUGGAUUAAGUAGAUUGGCUCAUGUAAAGCCGCCAUCAAUUUACAGUUUAAAGUAAAUUGUCUUUGUUAUAAGUGAAGUGAUUAUGGACUAGCCCUAAAGAUCUUUACUUCUGUCCUCCAUAGGACAAGAUAAAGACUACACAUCUCAUUUCUUGGGUUAUUGUUGUAGUUUUGCAUUCGUGAUUAUGAAUUUAAAAGUAAAUACUAAUUAUGGAAAUAGUGUUAUCUGGGCUUGCCAUGCAUGAAACAUUGUUUUAAUGGUUUAAAGUCCCUUUGUAUAAAGUGCUACUUGGUUUAGAUAAAGGAAACAUCCUCAUUGACUCACAGGGAAUUUUAUCAAUUCCAAAAUGCAAUCAGUUUAAAUUAUGUGUGUUAAGACUGGUCCCUUGGAUAAGCUCCAAGCUAAUUUGUCUCAGAUUAUUAAAAUUGGCAUCAUAAAUCAGGAUGGGUAAUUCCUAAUUUUUCUGAACUACAAGUCCAGGGAACUGCUCCGCUGGGACUGGGCACUUUGCAGGUGUUUUUCUCCAUAAGCUGGUCCUGGGCCAGUGGGAUCAUGAUUAGGAACUGUUAGCGGUCUCUACGGCGGCAGUUGCAAACUGUUGGACCCCACUUUGUUGAGAAAAAUGCCUAGAAAAACCCAGGCUGAGACUCUAGGUUUUGUUAAUGUGUUUCUGGUAUGAAACGAUUAUGACACUCGCCUGGUAGGAACCUUCUUUAAACUGGGUUUUCUUAUGGGGAAACUGAUUUAGAAGGGAGGAUUUAGCCCGUCUAACAGAAGAUCAUUGGCUUUCACGAGUGUUCCUGUGCUUGUAUUCAGUCUGUACACACGUUCUCACGCAUGUCUAACUGAUUGACCUCUGACCUGUAACCUACCUUACCAUGUGGCUUUUAACUGGCAGUCACUCAGCCAUUUCUAGGCAAGGAUGGUAUUACCUUUCAGAACUCCUAUUAGCGGGUAUAAAAAGAUUACCUAAAGCUAACUGAGGACAGAACCAGGUACUGCAUACCAAGUUAUUUGUUUCUUUCUCCCUUUGAGGUCCUGCACAUGCUCCUCAUACCCAUUGAGUAACGCGCAUCAGGACACAAGAGCACAGCCAAAGUCAGCUCUGAAAGGUAAUCCUGCCUGUCAAGGAAGUGAGCCAGCAGUGGCCUUGCUUGUGGAUCCUGAGCGCGGCUCGGAGCAGAUUUCAGGUGUAACCGUUUGUUAACUGUACUGAAGGCGUGUCCUUAAGAAGAAAAUGUUCAAAUUAAAAAAGCUGCUGCCUAGUA